AUGAGUCUACCAACCUUUGGGCACGCCCUGCUAGUAUUUUUUGCGGCGCUGGACAGUGGACUCUGCCAAAGAUCCCUCCAUGGCGUCCCCUUCGCAGGAAUCGGUUCUGUCCGACCGUUGCGCAGUGCAUCCCCUUCCUCUUUCUCAAGCCCUUUGUCCACUGUUCUCAACGGGAGUAUAUCUGAGAUUGAGGGGGAGACGACCACGAACUCGACAUCCCUGAACUCAACAGCUGACGCUGUCGAUUCUGUAGCCACAAAUUCAUCAUGGUCAUCUGAAACGGACGUAAGCGGGUCUGUCUGGGCGAACUCGUCCUCUUCAUCGUCGUCCUCGUCAGUCGUGUACGCCUUGGAGCUCAUAUCAACCAACACAUCAACCGCGGUGGGAGACACGGUCCUGUCGAAUUCAUCGGGAGUUUUCACGAAUGUGUCAGCCGUGGAGAAAGAACUUGCCGAAACGCUCGAGGUUGACGAGCAAGUCACAGUACUUGGUGAGGUCCAGCUGGGCGAGCUGCUGUGCGACAGCCUGGUUCAAGCAGAAGACGCACCACUCCUCCAGUUCGCGUUGAGUGCUAACGAGACGAUCAUCGCAAACCGAACUUCCUACACGGUCGUCAGUGGGGAGACUUUCACGGGUGGAGUAGGUCGAAGGAUUUGGAACGGGGUCGUCAUUGACCCCGAACCGGAUGCGGGCGAGGCGUUCCCACGAGGCGUCAGCAUGACAUGGGGCGAAGUUUGCGACGUUGAGACCUUCUCUCUAAAGGUAUCGAAGCACACCGUCGAAGGAAACACGUCUGCGGUUAAGUCCGUCCCGUGUGGGUUGUCCGGCGUGGAGGUUUGUCUCGUCGAGGUCGCAUUUGAUUUUCUUCCUGGCAAAGAGCCUCUCAGGGUCGGAGUCAACAGCACCGGCCAGUCCACGGCCGUGAGACGAAGGCUGGGCGACGGUAUUCUUGGGGGGGGCAGCCGUGACAGGCACCAACAGCAACAGGCAUUCGGAUGGGGCUGGUUUGGCGGCGGCGGCGGUAGUGGUCGACGCCGCAAGCUGCAGUCCGACACCGUGGAGAUUCAGGUUAUGGUGCUCUACACCAACAUGUCGUUGGUCUUGAUGGGUGUGAGCGACGUCCAGAUGGAAACCAUGGUCUCCGCCGCCAUCUCGACCGUGAACGUGGGCUUCGAGAAUUCCAACAUCGGGAUUGAGACAACCACAGUCUACAAAGGCAGGCUGCCGUACUACCAAGAUUGCGCGGAUGAUUCCAGCACCAAACUCAGCGCCUUGCGAGAGGACGAGGGGGUUAACGCGCUCCGCGAUGAGUACGGGGCAGACAUCGUUCUUCUCGUCGACUACCUAACGGACGCCUGCGGAAUCGCGUGAGAAAACCGUACGGCCGGCCGGCCCGAUGUCCGUCCGUCGCUGCUCUUGCUGU